UCCAAUUCCCAAUUAUAAAUUUUUUCCUUGAUUUACUCUUCAUCUGUGAACCUUCAACCAAUUUAUCAUUUUCCAUAAUGCUACCUAAAAAAUUUUGCUUCUCAUUUUUUGGUGAUUUUGUGGAAUGGCAUCAAUCAUUCAUUCCUUUUGGCAGUUUUCUCAAUUGGUUAUUGAAGAAAAAUCAAAGCUUGAUUAAUUUGGUGACGUCUCAUUGUGGAAUUACUAGGAUUGGAGUGAAAGAUUAGCAAGCUCUUGAGGUUCAAAUUUCUGAUUGUUGUUUACGUGUUUUAGUGAUAUGGAUUACCUUCCUGUUGAGGUCGUUGGGAAUAUCCUCUCUCACCUCGGAGCAGCGAGGGAUGUGAUUGUAGCAUCUGCAACGUGUAGAAAGUGGCGGGAGGCUUGUCAGAAACACCUCCAUACCCUUUCAUUCAAUUCUCAUGACUGGCCACUCUAUCGAGACCUAAGUACUAGUAGGCUAGAGAUACUGAUUACUCAGACAUUGUUUCAGACAACACAUUUACAAGGUUUAUCGAUAUUGAUGGAUGAUGUUGAUGAGUUUUCAGCUUCCACUGUAGUUGCUUGGCUCAUGUAUACAAGAGAAUCGUUGCAAUGGUUGUUUUACAAUGUCCGUACUAAUCCAAAUAUCAACAUUCUUGAUAUAUGCGGGCGACAGAAGUUGGAAAUGUUGGUGCUUGCUCAUAAUUCAGUAUCAGGGGUUGAACCAAAUUAUCAGAGGUUCCUCUGUUUAAAAUCACUUUCGUUAAGUUACGUUAGUAUUUCAGCAUUGGAUCUUAAUUUGUUACUGACAGCAUGUCCAAAGAUUGAAAUUUUAGCCCUUGUGAAUCCCGAGAUCGCAAUGUCAGAUGCACAGGUAACUGUUGAGCUGAACAGCACUACACUAAAGAGUAUCUACAUUGAAGCGAUAAGUUUGGACAAGUUUAUAUUGGAGGCUGAUAGCCUUGAGAAUCUGCACUUGAAAGAUUGUGCACUUGAGCUUUUUGAGCUCGUCGGUAAAGGAACUUUGAAGUAUUUCAAGAUUGAUGAUGUUAGUAUAAUACAUCUUGAUGUUGGUGAGUCUGUUGAUAAUCUUGAAACCGUUGAUGUAAGUAAUUUCACCAUAAAUUGGUCCAAGUUUUAUCAGAUGAUCUCGAAAUCAUCUACAAUGACAAGUCUCAGGUUAUGGGACGUCGUGUUUGAUGAAGAGGAUGAGAUAGUGGAUGUCGAAACAAUUGCACUUUGCUUCCCACAGUUAAACCAUCUUGCGGUUAGUUAUGAUUUACGAGAUGACUUACGUGAAGGAAUUCUCCACUAUGGUUUACAAGGACUAUCUCUGUUAGAGAAUGUCAAUGUGUUGGAGCUGGGAUCAACGGUAAUUAAUGACGUAUUUACGCAAUGGGUUACUGCUCUACUGCAACGAUGCCCUAAUCUCACUAAAUUAGUCAUUCACGGAGUGAUUUCCGAGACUAAAACACCUGAAGAGUGUCAAAUGUUAGCCAACUUUACCUCAUCUAUUGUUCAGCUGAUGAGGCGAUACUUACACGUAGAUAUUCAGUUUGAAUUUGAGUAGAUCAGAGACGUACGUCAAUGUGGUAUAUUGGGCGCAAUCAACAAUAUCGGAGGCAGGUAGAAAAGGAGACUUGAACCCCGCUGUGGAUUAAGGAGAUGGACUAGCGUGCUAUGAUAUGUGAAAAAUUCCAAAUGUCGUCUCCUUAAGUUGGCAAUUUCACGUUCCAACAGUUCGUGUCACAAUAAGGACAACUAUGUUUACCCCAGGAACACAUGUUACUGAUGCCUCUCUUUCAUCGUUUAUUCAGCCAAGUUUCUAUCGAAAACAAUCAAUCUACCUUCUCAAGGUAGGGGCAAGGUAUGUGACUCUGCAUAUGCUCUACCUCCCCAGACCCUACCUGUGAGAUUACACUGAGUUUGUUGUUGUUGUAUCUAGUGUUUAAAUUGGAAUUGCUCUAUGUUUUCGUAUAUCUUUCUCUUCUCCUCUCUCACAUAUACACCGAGAAACAACGUCUUUCUAUCUCUUUGAAUUGAGACCUAAACCUUUGGUGAAGCAUCUUGAUUCUUUGAUAUGUCAAAUGUACCCUAGUUAUGAUUUUGGGCUCUUAAGCAAUGGUGUAGGAGCUAAUUGACACAUAGCAGAAUGUAGUCAGGUGUAUAUCGGGUUCUUCAAAAUUAAUGCAUUUUUUUGAGGAUCUAACACGUGUACGACAACAUUUUCGUAGCAACGGAGGCCCCUCAUUCUUUUGUCUCAGAGCUCAGAAGUUAUGCUGGAACUCAUAAAAUUACCAAAUUAUAGAAUGAUCUGUUUUA